AUGUCGUCACCUGGUAACGAUCUCGGCAUUCAAAAGAAGGAUCUGUCGCUCAUUGAAGAGCAAGCAAGAGCAGAUGCUAUUGCUGCUGGAAUGGACGACGAUGCUACUCAGUACCACAUACGGUUGGCCAUUGACCAUGCCAGAGAUUACAACGACCUCUUUGACGCCUUGUCAACUCGGGCUGAGGCUGGUUCUGUACGCCCUCAGGCUCCAGUUAUCGACCGUGGCCACAAGGAGGAACUUCGUGUCAACCUGCAAAUGCCUGAACGAUACAAUGGUACCACCGACUUUGCCGCAUGGUUGAGACGCUAUGAGAACACUGCUAAUGCUGCCGGUUGGACUUCGGCUACGAAGGCUUCUCGCUUAGGAAUGUACCUUACCGAUGAGUUCUACGAGAUGUGGGAUCAGUACGCCCCUAAGCAGACCUUCGAGGAGGACGGUCGGAUCAUGCUGCAGAUGCUGGCUCGUCGUCCAGCGGAUGCUCUCUUGGACAACUUUCAUGAUCUUCGGUGGGCUCCUGGUACUAACGUCGGUACGUUUCUGGCACGUGCUCGACGUAUGUUGACCGAAUACAAUAAGAAGUUAACUGAUGAUAAGAAGCUCUCUAACGCUUCCCUCGACCAGAUGAUCCUCAACAAGUUGAUCGCCUUGGCCCCAGCUUCAGCGAAGGCGGAGCUGAGACGACGUCAGCCUACCCGCAUUGAGGAAAUGGUUGACAUCAUCAGCGACUACGCCCCGGCUACUGACCUGACUUCGGCUUCGAGCCCUGCUUUGCAACAAGUCGAAGCCAAGUUGCAGAAGGUUCUAGCAGCAGUGACGACUUCUACUUCUCCGGCAGACAAUCUAUUGCAACAACUUACCGAUAAGAUACAAGGUAUCGAGAAGCAGUUACAGGAUCCUCAAAGUCGCCGACCAUGGAUUCGUCGACCGGGAGUCUGUGGUAUCUGUCGAGGCAAUCAUGCUACUAAGGAUUGCCCCGAGAAACGAUUCGGUUCUGGUUGUUAUCUAUGUGGAAAAGAGGGUCAUCUUGCAAGAAAUUGUCCUAGUCGACAAGGCACCGGCACUAGGCCCGGACCUUCGUCGUCGGGAAACUAA